AUGGCUGACCACGUCGGCCCCAGCACUUCCGGUCGAGACGAGCUGGUGCAGCAGUUUCUUGCUAUGUGCAACACGACGCCGCAACAGGCAGCACAAUACCUCGGCGCCAAUCAGUGGGACCUUGAGGCGGCCUGCAACGCCUACUUCCUGGACGAUGAUGAAGAAAAGGUGCAAGCCGGAGCCGGCACCCCCCAUCCAGAGCGCGAGCCCGAAUACACCGGGCCUCGGACCCUCGACGGUCGCCCCGCCCCUCAGGCAGCUUCCUCCAGCCGGUCCCGCGGCGGCCCUCCAAAGGCAAAGGCGCAGCCCAAGAGAAAGGGCGUUGCCACACUAGGGUCCCUCGGCGGAGGGCACCAGCACCACGACGACGACGGCGACGACGACGACAAUUCCGGCGAGGCCGACGACGGCGACGGCCGCGGCAACCUCUUUGCGGGCGGCGAGAAAUCCGGCCUGGCGGUCCAGGACCCUAAUCAGGACGCAGCGCCAAGGACCAUCAUCAGCGACAUCGUGGCCAAGGCGAAAGAAAACUCCUCCCGUCCAGACCCGAGCUCCGCUGCCCCAGGCCCCUCGGCACCAUCACGCUUCCGCGGCGCUGGAGUCGUCCUCGGCGGCGAAGGCGUCGAGUCCCGCACCAUUCCCGACCUCUCGGGGGGGCCCUAUGGGUCCAGCGCAGAGCUUCAGGAGCGAGUGCUGCACAUAUGGCUCGACGGAUUCAGCAUCGACGACGGCGAGCUGCGGCGCUUCGACGACCCGGCCAACCAGGCGGAUCUGCAAAUGAUCCGCUCCGGCCGCGCCCCCCUGCACCUUAUGAACGUGCAGCACGACCAGCCCGUCGACGUCAAGCUGCACCAGCACGACACGCCGUACAAACCCCCUCCUAAAAAGUACAAGCCUUUCUCCGGUGCCGGCCAGCGCCUCGGCAGCCCCGUGCCUGGGCCCGGCGCCGCGAGCCCAGCUCCGCCGCCCGGAGCCGUCCCCGCGCCCUCGGCCGCGCCCUCGGCUGCGUCCUCUGCACGAGGACCAGCCGCCGACUCUUCGCUGCCCACCGUCCUGAUCAGAAUCCAGUUGCCGGACGGUACGCGGCUUCCCGCUCGCUUCAACGCCACCGAGACGGUAGGCGACGUUUACGAUUUCGUUCUGGGCGCGUCGCCAGACACGAGGAGCAGGUCGUGGGUACUGGCCACCACGUUCCCCAACAAAGAGCACGCCGACAAGGGCUUAGCCCUGGCAGAGGUGCCAGAGUUCAAGAAGGGGGGAACCGCUGUUGUCAAGUGGACAUAG